CUGGACGAGCUUGUGCUGCUGGUGCUGGUAGUGCUGGUCGUUCUAGUGUGGCUUGUGCUGCUGGAACUGGUGCUGGUGCUUGAUGUGCUGCUGUAUGUUGUGGAGGUACUGGUGCUUGAUGUGGUGGUGUGUGUGGUGCUUGAACUGCUGGAGCUCGUAGUGCUUGUGCUGGUUUUGCUUGUGCUGCUGGUACUUGUAGAACUGCUGGAAGUGCUGCUCGAUGAUGUGGAAGUACUGCUCGUUGAUGUGCUGCUUGAAGAGGUGGUACUGCUGGUUGUGCUAGUGCUGCUGGUGCUGGUUGUAGAGGAAGAUGAGGAGCUGGUACUGGAGCUACUGGUUGCUGUAGUGCUUGUGGUGGUGGUGAUUGUGAAAGUUGUGCUCGUGGUGCUUGUGUCGGUUGUGGUGCUUGUCGUAGUCACUGUCGUCGCCGUCAUGCUGGUGGUAGUUCCAUUGACAAUGCUAGUGGUGCUGCUGGUGGUUGAGGUAAGAGUGACGCUACUUGAGGUGGAUGUGGUUCUCGUAAUUGUUGAGGAUGAUGUGCUGCUGCUCGUUGAAGACGUGGUGGACGAUGAUGUGGUGGUGGUACUUGUGCUAGUGCUAGUUGUCGACGAACUCGUAGUGCUACUGCUUGAUGUGGAGGUCGAACUUGUGCUGGUAGCUGUUGUGCUUGUGCUACUUGUGCUGGUGCUUGUGGUGCUUGUGAACGUAGUGCUAGACGACGAACUGGUUGUGCUGCUUGUUGAUGUUGAUGUGGAACUGCUGGUGGUUCCAGUUGUGCUGCUGCUAGUGGUGCUUGUGCUGCUUGUAGAUGUCGAGGAGGUGCUUGAGGUUGUUGAAGUGGUUGUCGAGCUGCUUGUACUGCUUGUAGAUGUGCUGGUGCUAGAGCUUGAUGAGCUGCUCGUGCUGGUGGUUGACGUGGAUGUUGAAGAGGUGCUCGAGGUUGUUGAAGUGGUAGUCGAGCUGCUUGUACUGCUUGUAGAUGUGCUGGUGCUAGAGCUUGAUGAGCUGCUCGUGCUGGUGGUUGACGUGGAUGUUGAGGAGGUGCUUGAGGUUGUUGAAGUGGUUGUCGAGCUGCUUGUACUGCUUGUAGAUGUGCUGGUGCUAGAGCUUGAUGAGCUGCUCGUGCUGGUGGUUGACGUGGAUGUUGAGGAGGUGCUUGAGGUUGUUGAAGUGGUUGUCGAGCUGCUUGUACUGCUUGUAGAUGUACUGGUGCUAGAGCUUGAUGAGCUGCUCGUGCUGGUGGUUGACGUGGAUGUUGAGGAGGUGCUUGAGGUUGUUGAAGUGGUAGUCGAGCUGCUUGUACUGCUUGUAGAUGUGCUGGUGCUAGAGCUUGAUGAGCUGGUUGUGCUGGAGGUUGACGUGGAUGUUGAGGAGGUGCUUGAGGUUGUUGAAGUGGUUGUCGAGCUGCUUGUACUGCUGGUAGAUGUGCUGGUGCUAGAGCUUGAUGAGCUGCUCGUGCUGGUGGUUGACGUGGAUGUUGAAGAGGUGCUUGAGGUUGUUGAAGUGGUUGUCGAGCUGCUUGUACUGCUUGUAGAUGUGCUGGUGCUAGAGCUUGAUGAGCUGGUUGUGCUGGAGGUUGAAGUGGAUGUUGAGGAGGUGCUGGAGGUUGUUGAAGUGGUUGUCGAGCUGCUUGUACUGCUUGUAGAUGUGCUGGUGCUAGAGCUUGAUGAGCUGGUUGUGCUGGAGGUUGACGUGGAUGUUGAGGAGGUGCUUGAGGUUGUUGAAGUGGUUGUCGAGCUGCUUGUACUGCUGGUAGAUGUGCUGGUGCUAGAGCUUGAUGAGCUGGUUGUGCUGGAGGUUGACGUGGAUGUUGAGGAGGUGCUUGAGGUUGUUGAAGUGGUAGUCGAGCUGCUUGUACUGCUUGUAGAUGUGCUGGUGCUAGAACUUGAUGAGCUGCUCGUGCUGGUGGUUGACGUGGAUGUUGAGGAGGUGCUCGAGGUUGUUGAAGUGGUUGUCGAGCUGCUUGUACUGCUUGUAGAUGUGCUGGUGCUAGAGCUUGAUGAGCUGGUUGUGCUGGAGGUUGACGUGGAUGUUGAGGAGGUGCUUGAGGUUGUUGUGCUGCUGCUGGUGCUCGUCGUGCUGGAGCUUGUUGUGCUAGAGCUUGUUGUGGUAGUGGUGCUUGAACUGCUUGUAGAUGUGCUGGUGCUAGAGCUUGAUGAGCUGGUUGUGCUGGUGGUGGAGGUGGAGGUUGAACUGCUGGUUGUCGUGGUUGUACUACUACUGCUGGUGCUGGUGCUGCUUGUGGACGUCGAGGAACUGCUUGAGCUUGUAGAGGUGGUCGUUGAGCUGCUUGUGGAGCUGGUUGUGGUGGACGAUGUCGAAGAGCUCGACGUUGAAGAAGAGGAUGUUGAAGUAGUCGUACUACUGGAGCUGGUGCUGGUGCUUGUGGUGGUGCUGGUGGUGCUGGAACUGGAAGAGCUGCUGCUGGAAGUGGUGGAGGAAGUGGAUGAGGAGGUGGUGCUGCUGCUGGUGCUGCUGCUGCUGCUGGAGGAGCUGCUGCUGCUGCUGGAGCUCGUGCUGGAGGAAGAGCUGGUGCUAGUG